CUAUCCAUUUUCAUUUCGAAGCUCAAAUAUGGCAGCCUCCAUAGGGAGCCUGUGCAAAACAUUUGCGGGAGUAUUUGAAUCAACUUACACACACAAGUUCAUGUUGUUUUAACUUAUAUAGAUCUCAGCAUUUGGUCUGAUACUACUACCGUCUGUAUAGUUGGCCUUAUUUUGUUAAAAAAGCAUCGUUUUCUAGUUCGGCAUAUCUUUUUAUCGUUUUUACCAGGGAGAUUCUUAGGAGCAACUUCAAAUGACCUUCACCUCCCAUUAUUUUCACUGCUGUUAUGUAAACUAAGAAGUUUAUGAGAUAAAUGCUAGCACCAAAUGUACACACUCUAACCUUAAUAAGAGCAACGGUAGUGCAAGUCUUAGCAACUAGGAAGAUUUCGGUGUCUUGUAUCAAAGAAUUUAAAUACAGUUCCCCUUUCGUCACUCAGAUCUGCAAUAUGCCACAAAAGAGGAAACUCUCAGAAAAGCCCAGAGCUCCACCAAGCAGUGAGACAAAGGCAAAGAAACAGAAAAUCUCAGAUACCACCAGUGUGAGCAAGGGUGCAAGUAGGAGCACAGGAAUAACUAAGAACAAAGGACCUUAUCCAAAAGAAGUAGACCCUAAAACCAACCAGGAGACUGUUGGAGAAAUAAGCUUCACAGCCCCAUUGCCUACAAGAAACAAAAAAGAUGUGCUUGUGUUUGAAGAUUGGCCUGAAUUUCAACCAAACAUGACACCAAAAGAAGUUCUUCAAGCUGGGAGCUUUGGAGGGACAUAUUUCAGACCUAUCAAGUCAUCUGUAACAGGUAAGAGUUACUCAGGAGUUUGGAAAGAACUUCCAUCAGACUGGCUUGCAGGACUCAAUAUCGGAAAGCAGGUGUCUUCUCCAACUUACAGUGAGAAAGUGAACACCUAUAAAGUGAAAUGUGGUGGAAGUCUUGAGAUGUGGGAGAGUAGUGGAUGGAUGCAUAAACAAGAUCCAUAUGGUUGGUUCCAAUGGUACUGCAGGUUUUACCAAGGGAGGCGGACUGCAGAUGAUGCCCGGCAGAUUGGACGCUGGUUAAGGUGUGCUGGUCAGACUGGACGAUGGAAGGGGAACCUUAUAUCCAAAUGUGUUAACACUGGUUGUAGCUAUGAUAAUUUUGCUGUGUCACCAGUAGUGAGGCAGACCUUACAGCAUUGGGGAUACAGACUGACCAAAGAUGACUUUGAGGCGGGAGCCAAGAAAUUCAGAAAGAAAAAAAAUGCAUGAAUUAAGGUGCUACAAAAUUUGUGAAAGAAAUUGCAUAAAUGAAUAAAAA